AUACUCUUCAAUCGCACUAAUCCUAUUACCAUUCACACAUUACAAACGUUAAUUCAGUUGUUUCAAGAGUUGUAGGAAGCAGAAGAUGGAUAACUCCAACAGCAUGAGCUACCAAGCUGGGCAGGCCAAGGGCCAAGCCCAGGAAAAGGGUAGCCAGAUGAUGGAGAAGGCUGGAAAUGCUGCUCAAUCCACCAUGGAUUCAAUGCAGCAGGCUGGGCAGCAGAUGCAGGCCAAGGCACAAGGUGCAGCUGAGGCUGUGAAGGAUGCAACCGGCAUGAAGAAAUGAGAGGCUCGCCGUUGUCGUCCGCUAUUUACUUCAACUGUUUUGUUUGAGUUAGUUAGAUUGUGGCAAUGUUUUGGUUUGGUGAUUGAGACAAGUUUGGUGUAUGCACGCACGUUUCCUUUUCUGUCCAGGCAAGGAAGGGUCUGUCAUCAACUUCAAAUAAAAUGCAAUAAUUUUAUCUCUUCCA